GCAGUGUCUACGGAGGCGAUACUAGUAUUUAACCUGGUAGCAGAUUUAAAGGAUGUGUUUUCUGUCUCUCAUAUUAAGUUUUAUAGCCCCUGACUAGAACGAUUAUGUCAUCUUCAAUUGUAUUGUAUGUCACAUUGUUUAGGGAAAUUGAGGGCUUGAAGUAAUAUAUGGGAGUAAGAUGGUUGGGAUACUAAUCAAGCGACCCUUUAAAAAGGACGACUUGAAACCUAAGACAACAAAAAGAAGAUUGUUUAUUAUCUUAAUAUAUUAAAAAGAUCUCAAACAAGUGGAGCGUUUUGGAUGUAAUGAAAUGUGGCUUGACCGGCCAAAGAGCGUGCGUGGCUCAUGUGGGUUUGACCCAAAUAGGCAGAAAAAGGAUGUGGCCGUUCUCGGGUUGCGAUACGACGACGUGGAUGGGUGUAAUGAUAGAAACAAUAGAACUCAUACUCUGCUCCAUUCUUGCCCGUCUGUCUCUCGCCCGAUUGCUCUCCUCUCUGCGAUGCUAGCCGCGGUCCUAUGUUCCGUGCAGAUCAUUGAAUCAGUCUAACCAUCAUGGAGUCUCCCUUAACUCAGCAAACUAGACCCGAAACCUUCAAGCCUAAAGUCGUGCAACUAUACGAGAACCUAUUUCACGUCCGUCUAGCCAUCUAACCUUCUGACUUACUAAAUACUGACUUACCCCUUGUAGACUUCGGACUAUAAUGAACCCUCCGAGGGAUUUUGGAGGGAAUUCUUUCUGCUGCCGCCUGACCGGAGCCAGCUCAGGUCUAUCCUAGACCAGCUCAGCCCUGAUGAAACGCUCAACUUGCAGGUCCAAACCCAGCAGCUUUUCAUUCGUGCUAUCCGUGAAGCUGCUUCGGGAGUUAGUCCCGUGGACUCAUAUGCACUAGAG